GACGUCGUGCGGAUGGAUUGGCGUUUGCUUUUUCCUCCUCCCCCGAUCCAGGCCGCGGUUUGAAACAGACAACUUCGUGCAGACAGCACAGAAGCAAGGAUGUACCCUGUUGGCCAGCCCCCUGGGCCCCCUGGCAGUGGCGGAGGAGGAGGUGGCGGCCCGGGAGGGGCACCGCGCGCCCCGCCCCCCGUGACUCCCGUGGGCACGGUGGCCCCUCUAGGGGGUGGCCCCGUGCCUCUGGGUCCCGCACCCCCAGCCACGACCCCCGUGGCUACGGUUACGGCGGGUGCGCUGGGGCCCACCGAGAUGGCGGUUGCGGCGGCGGCGGCACUGCCCCAGUUCUCGUGUCCACGGCGGCCCAACGUGGGCACCGAGGGACGGCCGAUCCUGCUGCGGGCCAACCACUUCCAGAUCUCCAUGCCGCGCGGGUUCCUGCACCACUAUGACGUCACCAUCACGCCCGACAAGUGCCCACGCAAGGUCAACCGGGAGAUAAUAGAGACGAUGGUGCAGUCGUACUCGAAGAUCUUUGGCAGCCAGAAGCCCGUGUUUGACGGUCGCAAGAACAUGUACACCCGGGACGACCUGCCCUUGGGCAAGGAGAAGGCCGAGCUGGAGGUGACCCUUCCCGGCGAGGGCAAGGACCGUGUGUUCCGGGUGGCCAUCAAAUGGGUUGCCCAGGUCAGCCUGUACGCACUCGAGGAGGUGCUCGAGGGACGCUCCCGUCACAUCCCCAUGGACGCUGUCCAGGCACUCGACGUGGUCAUGAGGCACCUGCCCUCCAUGACGUACACGCCUGUCGGCCGAUCGUUCUUCUCGUCACCGGACGGCUACUUCCACCCGCUGGGUGGCGGCCGCGAGGUGUGGUUUGGCUUUCACCAGAGCGUGCGGCCGAGCCAGUGGAAGAUGAUGCUCAACAUCGAUGUGUCGGCGACGGCCUUCUACAAGGCACAGCCGGUCAUCGAGUUCAUGUGCGAGGUGCUGGAGCUGCGUGACGUCAACGAGCAGCGCAAGCCUCUCACGGACUCCCAGCGCGUCAAGUUCACCAAGGAGAUCAAGGGCCUCAAGAUUGAGAUCACCCAUUGCGGCAGCAUGCGCCGCAAGUACCGCGUCUGCAAUGUCACUCGCAGGCCUGCCCAGCUCCAGUCGUUUCCGUUGCAGUUGGAGAAUGGCCAGACAGUCGAGUGCACAGUGGCCAAGUAUUUCCUGGACAAGUACAAAAUGAAACUCAGGUACCCGCACCUUCCCUGCCUCCAGGUGGGCCAGGAGCACAAGCACACCUACCUCCCCCUCGAGGUCUGCAACAUAGUGGCUGGCCAGAGGUGCAUCAAGAAGCUCACAGACAUGCAGACAUCCACCAUGAUCAAGGCAACUGCGCGGUCCGCCCCGGACCGGGAGCGCGAGAUCAACAACCUGGUGCGCAAGGCGGACUUCAACACGGACCCGUACGUGCAGGAGUUUGGUCUGUCCAUCAGCAACACUAUGAUGGAGGUCAGGGGCCGCAUCCUGCCUCCGCCAAAGCUGCAGUAUGGCGGCCGGACCAAGCAACAGGCGAUCCCCAACCAGGGGGUGUGGGACAUGCGGGGCAAGCAGUUCCACACGGGCGUCGAGAUCCGCAUCUGGGCCAUCGCCUGCUUUGCGCCACAGCGCACCUGCCGCGAGGACGCCCUGCGCAACUUCACCCAGCAGCUGCAGAAGAUCAGCAACGACGCGGGCAUGCCCAUCAUUGGGCAGCCCUGCUUCUGCAAGUAUGCCACGGGGCCCGACCAGGUCGAACCCAUGUUCCGAUACCUCAAGUCCACCUUCCAGGGACUCCAGCUCGUCGUCGUCGUGCUGCCCGGCAAGACCCCCGUCUACGCCGAGGUGAAGCGAGUUGGGGACACGGUGCUAGGCAUGGCCACACAGUGCGUGCAGGCCAAGAACGUCAACAAGACGUCCCCACAGACCCUGUCCAACCUGUGCCUGAAGAUCAACGUCAAGCUGGGUGGCAUCAACUCCAUCCUGGUGCCCAGCAUCCGGCCCAAGGUGUUCAAUGAGCCAGUCAUCUUCCUUGGUGCCGACGUCACUCAUCCUCCGGCUGGUGACAACAAGAAGCCCUCCAUUGCUGCGGUGGUGGGCAGCAUGGAUGCGCACCCCAGCCGGUAUGCGGCCACAGUGCGGGUGCAGCAGCACCGCCAAGAGAUAAUCCAGGACCUGGCGUCCAUGGUGCGCGAGCUGCUCAUCCAGUUCUACAAGUCGACGCGGUUCAAGCCGACGCGCAUCAUCUUCUACCGAGACGGCGUCUCCGAGGGCCAGUUCGCACAGGUGCUGCACCACGAGCUGCUGGCGGUGCGCGAGGCGUGCCUCAAACUCGAGCCCGACUACAAGCCGGGCAUCACGUUUGUCGUCGUCCAGAAGCGGCACCACACGCGCCUCUUCUGCUCCGACAAGAAGGAGCAGAUUGGCAAGAGUGGCAACAUCCCCGCGGGCACCACGGUCGACCUGGGCAUCACACACCCCACCGAGUUCGACUUCUACCUCUGCUCGCACGCGGGCAUCCAGGGGACAAGCCGCCCGUCACACUACCACGUGCUCUGGGACGACAACCAAUUCUCGGCGGAUGAACUGCAGUGCUUGACCUACCAGCUGUGCCACACGUAUGUGCGCUGCACUCGCUCCGUCUCCAUCCCCGCUCCGGCCUACUAUGCGCACCUGGUGGCCUUCCGCGCUCGAUAUCACCUCGUCGAGAAAGAGCACGACAGCGGUGAAGGCAGCCACCAGUCGAGCAACGGGGACGACAGGACGGUUGUGGCACUUGCCCGAGCAGUCACCAUCCACCCCGAGACCCUCAAGGUCAUGUACUUCGCCUGAGGUGGCUCUGCCUCCUUCCUUGCGGGCGGCUGACUUGCCCCGGCCGCCCAGGGCACCGUGCCGGCGCGACUCCCACUGCGUCCCGGCUGGGGGAAGAAGGGGCACCACCAGCGCUACCUGGCGAACGCUGCAGGAGGGCCCGGCAUUGUUCGUCGAGCAGCUGCGGCUCCAGGCUCGCUGCUCCUCGGCGAGGGAAUGCCGUCCACUGCCAGGUUGAAUUAAAACUGCUGCGCGACAAGUCUUCAUCGGCGACCCAACGGGUCUGAUGGCGCAACAGAAGGUGUGGGGCCUCUUUGCUACUGCAGGUGGACAAGAGCUGUUAACCAGAAUUUUCCGCGAACCCUCUCUCUGCAAUUACCUGCAGUGAUUAUUGCCGUGCUGCAGAAAGGUCCUAGCUUUUUCUUUUAAUGUCGAUGGUGUAGUUGAGUGGCCGCAAGUAUUUUUCAGUCCGGUGGGGCAACGCAGACUGGUUGCCUCAAUGUUGAAAGGAUUCAAAGGCAGGCUUCUCCUCCCAGCUUGUCAGAGGCAUUCCACGCCAGCUCCAUCGUUGCCGCUGCCGAUAGCGGGUCCGCGAGGCUUCCAGUCUGUCCCCGGGUAUGCUGCUCGUUCGAAUGCCAUGCGAAGGGUCCUCUGGGGCCCUUUCAUAUUCAAUCUCUUAUUGACCUAUGGCAUAGUUCAUGCAUAUUGCGAUCAUUCCAUUCUUUCCUGCCAUCUGCAUGGAUGGUGGGGAGGUUGUUUCUUCUGCACAUUUUUCAAGGGGCUGACUGACAGGGCUUAACUUAUUAGCCUCGCUCAUUUCAUUUGCACCAUUGACAUUCACGGGAGCCCCCCUCGGUUCCCGUUUUUAAUCUGUCAGUCUGCAUUUCUGCCUAUGCAUCGUCACCAUGACAACGUUGGCGGAGCUCUCUCUCAUCCGAGAGGAGCCUCCGCUGGCGGUCCAGGGCGCAUAACUCGGGCGCUUUGUCGUGGCCACAUCUUCAUGUGUUUUGCGGUGCCCGAAAAUACCAAAUAGCUGACUAUGGUAGCUCAUAUUGUUCUAGACUUGCUCCCUGCCUGCCAUUUUCUUUGUUGGUGGCGUUUUAUUUUCCCCCUUGUAUUCAACCUUUGUUCUUUAUAGUGACCGGGGCAAGUCUGGAGGUGGUGUGCGAUGGUCACACAAUCCACCCAAAAUGUGUUCCAAGGGGCGGGGGGGAAAACUGGUGGAGGGUACAUUAACAUUGUGAGGCUCCUUUGGUGUGGCAAACUGCCGAUUAUAUGCACUGUUAAGUUGCCUGGACAUGCUAACCACGGUUUAGCACAGCCUCCUUUACAGUAUACUGGAUCUGCACCCACUUGAAAGCGGGUGAGGCUUAAAAACGUAACUAUACAUGCAGUUACCAUAUCUGAUGUGGUAACCGUGUUCAAACUUUUCGUACAAAAGAGGGUAAUGCCAGUAAGCUGACACAGAGGCUCAGUCGACGACGGUUAGUGUGACCCUUGCAACUGGCUUUAGUGCCUGCUAACUUUGCCAGCACAGGCAUUGAAGUGGCGAUAGUGCUUUGGCCCAGCGGAUGCCUGGCGCAAGCACCGGGUACUUGCUGCUAGGUACAAAGCCAGUCGCCAGGGGCCGUGAGCUGCACUAAGGCCCUCUCCUCCUCCUCCUCCUCCCUGUAUUUCCUUCCCCAGCCAACCCGCGUUCCUGACUUCAAGCUGCUUGCCACUGUCAUUACGAGUGCUUUGUAUGGAGUGCGCGUUGCGUUGUCAGGGGUGAGAGAACAAUUGUGUAGUUGGGGGAAAAUGUGCAAUUUAAGUCGUGUAUCGUUCGAAUGCAGUGUGAAUACAUAAAACUAGGAAAAUGCAUAAGCUAACAAUUCACUGGAGAGGCUCUGCUGUAUUAGCGGGCCAGUGGCAAAUGUCGAUAGUUGACAGCUGGUAAGAUCAGAACAAGCCGUUCUCUAGUUUCUCAAUGUUGUAGGGGCAGCAAAUUCACACGAAUGUGCCGUGCGAUUGCAGAACUUUCUCACUAUGCAAAUAAUUGUACCGGCAUCAAAUCCACGCUGCAAAAAAAAAGGGGCGUGGGAGGGGGCACCUGUGGCUACUGCCUAGCUUUAUUUCGCUGAGAAAUAGUUGUUUUUGUGGUGCUCCUCCCACUUUUGAUCGACCAAAGUAUACUAGUAUCUUUCUUGUAGGAGCCUUGUGGUCGACAACAGCUGUUUGCACGUGACUUGAAACAGCAGUCGUUCUUUGAGUUGAUACCUAAUGGCUUGCUGCACAACUUGUACUGCAGCUCUGCAUUCUAGGUGUGCACAGUGCACACGGCGUUCAGUGUUAGACGAGCCAAUAAUCAGUAUUAUCAGCAUUUGUUGGAGUAGCAGGUCCCCUAGCAUUUUGGAUUGUUUGAACACAUACUAAGCACCGAACUCCUGAUGAUGCAUAAUCAUGUAAUUUGCAACCUGAGUUAAUUAGCAGAAAAUGCAGUAUUUUGUUUGGCCCAAUAUGUGUUGUCAUCGCGUGUUAGUGCUGCCGAAUUAGAACGGACCGUGCAGUCCGAACUUUCUGCUUUUGCAGAUAGAAGCAGACAAAAAGCAGCUUCUGGAGAAAAAAAAAGGCUGCCGUAACGGUUAGCAUGAACACUGUGUUCUCGAUGGGUCACGUGACCACUAACGUAAUCUACGAGCAACUAUUUUACUAUGGAAUACUGCCAGACAACUAAAUUGCUUUGCUCUGCGGUCUUUGUUCACACGCCUGAUUUUAUCUGCAUUCUACAGUGAUCGGCGUGCAUUAUGGUUUUUAUCUUUAAUCGUAGUUUUUAUUUUCAAAAAGCAAUAAUACCUGGGGCUGUUCAAACAGGCCUAUGGUUCUUGGACACCAUCAUAUGCACUUUAGAUGGUGGGGAUUUGAAGAAGCCAUCCAAAAAUGUGCAGCAAUUUUGCAGGAAGCGUUGCCGUGCCCCUUUGUUUAACACACGGAAAAAAAAAAAAAUUGAGCAGCACCUGUCUCACGAUGACUGUCGACGUUAAUGCGAUUAGCAUUCAAGCAAUGCAACGACACACACCGUCUUGCCACUGCCGAAAUGUGUCGUGUAUGAGCCGGUGUACUGCACCCGGGCUCUGGGAAUGUUGUGCCACCUGGUCGCGCACCCGCAAAGUCCUUUUGCUGGCCUUCGAGAUUGCGCUGGUGGCUUGUCGUUGCAGGCUAACUCUCGGAAUGAAUUUUUCUGCCCACGAGCAUUCGUGGCGCAGUAAUAAAAUGUUGGGCUGCUGUGCUUACCACAUGUGACGUGGGUUCGAAUGCUAGCAUUGGAGAAAUUGUAAAGGAUAUUUUUCUUAGUUCAAGAUCUGCGGGAUGAGGAUGGAUAGAUAGAUGGAGGGACGACACAAAAUGGCUGAAGUAGGCUAAGAAUGCGAAUCGCAUUAGGAUUGAAGCAGCCAUAGAAAUCUGAUAGUGCAUCUUACUCAUGCCAAUUUUGUUCCAUGAGGUACAAAGAAAUUGAGGGGUCACUACUGUCAGUCAGUGGUGAUCUUCUUUUAUUUAAGCAAUGAGUCUCGGCCGAAUGUUUGGGCCAAGUGCCUGCUUUGAAACGGGCAGCGCCAGUACUGAACCAAAGGCACAAUUUGAAUGUAGGUACUGCCGCCUGCCCGCUCAGCAAGCACACACCCAAGGCUGAGGUCGGGGUGUCUGCCAGCGCCACCAGUGUAGCCAGGCUGGACGAGUGUUUCGUUUGAAGCACAAUGUGCGCAUUCUGAAUUGGGCUUGUACAAGCACAAUGAAAUAGCACGUUGCACAACAUAAAAGAGCACUGAUCAUUGACUACUUCCGGCAUUUAAAAAGGGGCAUACAGUGUAACCUUGUUGAACAGAUGUUACAUACGGCUGAUCCGUAGUGCUGUCGACUCGGAUUGCAACAAUCUGGAGCCCGCUCUUGAUUGGAGCCGGAGAAAGCGGGACCAGGCCAAAUGUGCUGUAGCCACUUGCCAGAGUAACUGAGGCCGGUAGAGGAAGCGCUUAAGCUAGUCUCCUGUUGUAAACAAGCAAGGCAUGCAGGUGCCAAGGCACCAUCGUGGCUGGUGCAAUGCCAACCGCGGAAGCGACAGAAGCCACGUCACCAAAACUCCUCCACAUCACCUUACGAGCAGAUCAUUGUGAACCACUGCCCACCCUCGCCAACGUUUGUCAUCACAGGGCAGUUACUAUCGCGCAACUCCAAGAAAUGAUCAGUAAAUCUUCCGAGCUGAAAGGGGUUUGUUAAAUGCACUUCUAGGAAAUUUUCUGUUCUGUUAAAACAACAUUUUAAGUGCAUGAGUUGCUUAGAAAAUUUUAAGCAGAAUUGUGAUUUUAUUCAUGGAAAUUUAUUUAGAAUAGCAAUUACUUUUUAAAAUUCUUAUGUUUCACUACAAGGUUUUACUACUAUAUAUAGCAUGUGACAGCUAAAGGCAGCAACCAAACUUCAUACGCUGGAGAAAUCUAUAUGUAUGACAAGUAAGAACUGAAAGGCACACUAAUCAUCCAAGGAAACUACUGAUGGCAGCACAACAAGCUAAGCAGUUAGAGGAUGGCCACUAAAGAGACAAUAAAGGGCUCCACCAAAUAACUUGGAUGAAAAAGGAUUAGGUGCAGAAGGCCAGACUACCUGGCAUGGGGACCGCCAUGGGAGCGGCCCAAACAUCACCUUUCUUUUUUUUUUUUCCCCCACGAGGGUUUUGACGGAAAUUUAGGGCAUGGGAUCCUUUCCCAAGCGUAUAACCUCUGAAGGAGGCCGAAUACCAGGCCGGCGUACAUUUGUGCCCAUUUGAACCAGUGGGUGCACGGCAGCGGUGGGAAUCGAACCCAUAGCGAAGGUGGGUGCUCUACAACUAGGCCACGGCUGUGGUAUUAAAUCAUGGCAUUUUUAAUGAGUCUGAUGUUGCAGAUUUCGUGGUGUACGUAGGCCUUGGUAAUAGUUUACACAAGUUGUUACAUUUACUUUUCAUUUUGAUAUUCAAUUUAUCGUUGUUUUUUUCGGCAGCAGCUAUUUUAAAGCAGAUGCUGCUCAAUAUGUAUGACAUCAGAGAGCUGCAGUAAUUGCUCACCUUUCUGGAAUUCCAGGGCUUUGCUCAUGGAAGGACCGAUUUAGUUGGUACAAUCAAUUCUCGUUAUAAUGAAUUUAAUCCAACACGAAAACAAUCAAAGGAAAUUUCAUUCUGUUAGGAAAAGUUCAUACUAUCUUAAUAAGCAGAUAUUUGUUGCACACUUAUACUGGAUAUAAACUUUGAAGAUUUACUUUGUUAUAUCUGAAAGUUAAUUAUAUCAGUGCUCAUUACAUCGAGGUUACACUAUACUUGAGAAGUUUGCGCUGUAGAUUAGGCUAGUGUUUGUUAGCCUCUCGGAGAAAUUGCAGGCACACGCUUGCAGCGAGUCUCCUUUGGCAAGCAGCUUGUCGGGCGCAGGUGGUUUGGGGCAGGCACUAGUCACUCGGGCCGCUGGUGCACCUCUCUCCCUCUUCUGCAAACCCUGCCAUCAAUUUGCCCUAGGAGGCAUUUCCGUUUGCCAAAGGCACUCCUGUUAUUCUCUGUGGGCAGUACGUCCUUGGGAUCUUGCUUCUGCUGCAUCUUUUUGUGUCUGCAAAAGUUCAUCCCGAAAGUACAGAUUGUGUUGGCUCUGUGCAUUUGGGCCCCACUCUGUGUUGACAGGUGUGUUUUUCGGAUUGCACCGCCACCUGGGACGUGGCGUGUGCCUGUUGCAGCCGCAUUUUUAGCUUUGUUUGGACGAUGGAUAAUCCUGUGUUGCGUUGGCACAUGCUGCUUCAAUUGUUGGCCACAUAAGAGCGCUGUUAGAGUUAAGGCUGCGGCAUGUAUAAGGCUCGAUUCACAUGGCUGUCAUCCCUCCUGUCACCGUCACGGCGCCAGUUUCCAUCAGGGGGAGAGCCUAUCCUCGCCGGUUCCUCCCUAAUGCUAGCAACCUUGUGAGCAUUGGUUGUUGCAGGCAUCCCUUCAAACCGAUGUGGAAACGCUUUCCCCUGAAGUAAACCGGUGCCGUGUCGGCACUGGUGACGUCUUUGUGAAUUGCGAGCCUUACUGAGACACUGCCUCAUUUGGUACUGGGAUUCAGUUGCACGUGUGGAGCCGCUUCACAGAGCCAGUUUUGUGCAGAGCCUCUCGGUGGUUGGUCACAUGCAGUCAAUUGCAGCAGGCAUUUGCACCCUGCAGUUGGCAGCACUUGUUGCAACUGUUCCCGAAGACGCUUGUGGAAAGAUUUGAGGCUCACUGUGUGCAGUGUUUGUUGGCACUGCGAGUUGUGCCCUUCAGGGGGUAUUGCUUCUGGUCCAGUGACUUGGGUGCAGUGUGUCAAGGUGAUCCUGCCUGUGAACUUUUAGCAUAUACAAGGGACUAGCAUGAAAGGGGGCAGCUGGUCUGCAUUCCAGACUCGUCAAAUGUUCUUGCAUUGAAACGAAAGUGCUAUCGUGUCACACUUUCUGAAACAUGACAACUACUUAGCACACUCCAGCAAGUCGUGUUUAGGCUCUCUUCAGCAGCAAUCAUCGUAACAUUGAUCACCUGCCCCGUUUUAUGUUGGCCACACCCUGUGCUGCGAGGAGGGCCUUUUGUGGAGCUCAAUGGUGUUCAAGGUUUUGUCGCUGUGGGAAGGAUGUGACGGGGGUUCUGCAUGCAUCUUUAUUUUUUGCUGGUCAGAGCAGUUUGUCGCUGCAUCACUUUGCAGGAAGGGCCCUGCGUGUGGCUGUUUUGAAGAAAGCCUUAGCCCAAGCGUGUCCAGGGGCCUGUAUUCUAGGGUGAUAACUUUCGGAGAUGCUGUCCCUUUCGUGAGAUUUUGUGUGACUCGAUGCCCUACGCAUUGGCGUGUACGACUGACCGCGUUUCUAGUGCUGUGCCAAGCUCCUUAUCUUUGCACACUGCCAUCGGCUGUCGGCUGCAUACUUCGAUCAUCCUGUGCCGAGUCGUGCUCAAUCGUGCGAAAGGGGUGGUAUUUGCAAAAGUGAUAGCAGUUUAUCAAGGUGUUAUGAGACUGCUCAUUCCAGUAGAGCGUUGUUUCUGUUUUCAGCCAUUGUUUAGGGCUCUUCUGCUCUUGCAGUUUUGGGUUUAGUGCUACUUGUAGACUUUACAUUCAGUUCAUCACUUGUGAUGAAGUGAUGUGCUUUUAUGAUGCGCUGUUUCAAUUGUCAAGGCUUGUGACUGCCCUAGUUUACCUGUCACACCAUCUUAGCUCUUCUGUACAGAGGGAGUUGCUGAACACUCGAAGUUGAGGGACAUAGCACGUGGGAAUGGGGCACUUUAUUUGAUUAGAUAAGCCUGUGCAGGUGCUUGGUUGGACCUACUUUUCUAUUGAAUCCAGAAAAAAGAAUAGACCGAUCCCACCGGCCAGUUUCACGACGGCACCGCUGCCGCGGUGCAUGCUGGUACUUGUAGUUAUCCGGCCGCUCCAGCCGCUCGGAGUGCCUGUGUGUCCCUUUUCCGAACGAUAUUUGGCAAUUUUUGUGGUUCGUGUAGAGCCAUCGUGCGAUGGGUGGAUUGACCUGCUGCGUUUCUGGGUGCUACAACAACCACACAGGGGACAAAGGCUUCGGAUUCUGUGUUUUCUAAAGAGCGAAAUACUAACGGAUUAAUAGGUGGUACUGGUAAUACACAGCGCGAGAAGAAACACGGGGACGAAUAGCGGCCGCAUUUCGAUUAGGCCAAAACGCCAAAACACCUGUGUACUUAGAUUUCCCGGAAUUUAUAGAUUAUUUGUCGAUUAUUGAUUAGCUAUUGAUUGGCUAUCGAUUGCCUAUCGCAAGUUAUUGGCCACGUAUUUAGGCUAAGCACUACCAAGUCAUCUCCAGCAUUUCCCAAAAUUUAUUGAUUAUUGAUCGAUUAUCGAUUGGCUAUUGCAAGGUAUUGACCACGUAUUUGGGCUAGGCUAAGAACUACCAAGUCAUCCCCAGCAUUUUCUGGAAUUUAUUGAUUAUUGAUCGAUUAUCGAUUAGCUAUUGAUUGGCUAUCGUAAGGUAUUGGCCACGUAUUUGGGCUAGGCUAAGUGCUACCAAGUCAUGCCCAACAUUUUCAUAUUUUAUUGAUUAUUGAUCGAUUAUCAAUAAGCUAUUGAUUGGCUUUCAUACUACAUGGCUUUCUAGCUACAUGGCUUUCAUAGAUUAUGAAAAGGCAUUUGAUACAGUAGAGAUACCAGCAGUCAUAGAGGCAUUGCGUAAUCAAGGGGUACAGGAGGCAUACGUGAAUAUCUUAGUAAACAUCUACAAGGAUUCGACAGCUACCUUGGUUCUCCACAAGAAAAGUAGAAAGUUACCUAUCAAGAAAGGGGUCAGGCAAGGACACAAAAUCUCUCCAAUGCUAUUCACUGCAUGCUUAGAAGUAUUCAAGCUCUUAGACUGGGAAGGCUUAGGAGUGAGGAUCAACGGCGAAUAUCUCAGCAACCUUCGGUUUGCAGAUGACAUUGUCCUAUUCAGCAACAAUGGAGACGAAUUACAACAAAUGAUUGAGGACCUUAAUCGAGAAAGUGUAAGAAUUGGGUUGAAGAUGAAUAUGCAGAAGACAAAGAUAAUGUUCAAUAGCCUGGCAAGGGAACAAGAAUUCAGGAACGCCAGUCAGCCUCUAGAGUCUGUAAAGGAGUACCUUUAUCUAGGUCAAUUACUCACAGGGGACCCUGAUCACGAGAAAUUUACAGAAGAAUAAAAUUGGGUUGGAGUGCAUACGGCAGGCAUUACCAAAUCCUGACUGGGAGCUUACCAGUGUCGUUGAAAAGAAAAGUGUACAAUCAUUGCAUUCUACCUGUGCUAACACAUGGGGCAGAAACUUGGAGGUUAACAAAGAAGCUCGAGAACAAGUUAAGGACCGCACAAAGAGCGAUGGAACGAAAAAUCUUAGGACUAACGUUAAGAGACGGGAAGAGAGCGGUGUGGAUCAGAGAAAAAACGGGGAUAGCCGAUAUUCUAGUUGACAUAAAGCAGAAGAAAUGAGCUGGGCAGGCCAUGUAAUGCGCAGGAUGGAUAACCGGUGGACCAUUAGGGUUACAGAAUGGAUACCAAGAGAAGGGAAGCGCAGUCGAGGUCGGCAGAAAACCAGAUGGGAUGAUGAAGUUAGGAAAUUUGCAGGUGCAAGUUGGAAUACGCUAGCGCAAGACAGGGGUAAUUGGAGAUCGCAGGGCGAGGCCUUCGCCCUGCAGUGGACAUAAAAUAUAGGCUGAUGAUGAUGAUGAUUGAUUGGCUAUCGAUUGGCUCUCGCAAGGUAUUGGCUACGUAUUUGAGCUAGGCUAAGCACUACCAAGUCAUCCCCACAAUUUUCCGGAAUUUAUUGAUUAUUGAUCGAUUAUCGACUAGCUAUUGAUUGGCUAUCGAUGACUUUAUGUUGAAAAAGCCGCCUCGAUUACCCAAGAACUUCUAGAUACCGCUGUUAUCGAAGUCUGCAAGUCGUGCGUGAAACCAUUGUAGGUAAGCAUCAUUAGGGAAUGACAGUUUCGGCGUCGCAUUUGAAACCUGUCUCCAACAGGUGUACAAAUACUAUUAUGUCCGUCGCUAAGCAAACAUAACGUUGCAGUCACCGAGAUGCACGUGUGCAAAAAUAGUAACGCAAAACGACCGCGAACAUCAGCAUGUACUACAUACAAAGCUCGAACAAAUACGAUACUCAACGCGUAAUUAGCGGGUAACAACCGAAAUUAAAGAGCAGCUGGAACUUUUCAACGUUCGCCUCGAAUGCUGCAAUGAACAGCCGAUGUAAUUUCUUAAAAUGCAUGACGAAUUUUUCUCGGUGGUGGAGUCGCAGAGAUGUUUGGGAAGCUCGUGCGCAGUACCCAACGAGCACGGACAGCGGUGGUGGGGUUGACCAGCUGACUACAACCAAGAUGGUGGCAGUGCUACUUCCAGGAAACCGGCGCAUGCGCAGAACGGUCGGUGGGAUCGGUGUAUUGGUUAUUGUGUGCUGGGCACUUUAGUCAUAGUUUUGUUAAUGGGUUGCAAUCUUUUGACGUGUACAAAAUUAGCUUGUUAUCACAGAUGUUUGCAGAUGUAAAUGAGUAAAGACAGCACCUAGAGUUUAGUAUGAGGUAUUGGUUGGGUACAAUGCUCAGUGACUUGCUGUUUUUGAGUCUGCACUUGUUUAAUGUACAUGCAGUCAAAACUCCAUAUCGUGAGACCCACGCUGUUUGCUGUCAUUUUUUUUUUAAUAUGAUAAAGCUAGCGCAUUUGCUAGAGCUGGUUGUUUCAUCAUCCAAGCUCCGGAAAACAAAAAAGGAUGUGGCUAGGGUAUAGGUGAAUUAACGUUUCUUUCAUAACUGGGUAUUUGUUGUGACCUGUCUUAUGCAUCCUGGUUAUCAAAAUGGCAAAUUGGGUGAGUUGGUGCACAUUCUUGUUAUGAAAAGCGCAAAGUGACGAAGAUGACAAAAGAACACUAAUGCAUGCACAUGCCAAAUAGCUAGCUUGUCGGCGGUGUGGACGAAGGUAAGAUUAUGAACCUAAAUUAUCUGCCACUGCACUGAGUAGGCCUCAGGAAAUCUAUCUCGCAAUGGUGCAAGGUCAUGGCAGCAUGGCCCACACAUGCUUUUGCUGGAAUUGCAAUGCUGUCAAGGUUGGAUGAAACCUGUCUUUAACAAGCAAGAUAGAAAACUCGGCAAGUUGGUGUGGGUUCAUUAUCAGUAGUGUGAAAGGGGACACAUUCAGAAGUGAUUCUCUAAGCCUAUGGAUCGCACGAAAUUGAGACGUUUUUUUUUAUUGAUGACACCAAAAACGUGUGUGCCAGGCCUGCUCUGCAGUGGCAGAUAAUUUGGGUUUGUAAUCUUAGCUUUAUCUGUGACGCUGACGAGCUAGUCAUUUGGCGAUGUGCACAUAUUGUGGUUCACACAUGCAUACAAUGUGUUAACCUGUAGUGAAGCCUUUUAUAUGAUGGUAAGCCCGUGUUAUGUGUUCUUCUGUAUCUUUGUACCUUCUUCGUGAUUUUUCUAUCAAUGAAUCCUAUUUAGUGUGCCGAAGGAGAUAUUGGGUUGCUUCUGGCCACAGCAAACGCAUUUUCCAGAAAAUUUUGCCAGUUCCUCUUGCUGUGAACAGCUGUCUUAUGAUUCUUAAUUUGAGGGGGAAAAUGCCAUAGAUCCUUUGGAGAAUCUGAGUGGCUUGAUCUGAUCUGUGUUUUGGUGCAAAGUCUUUUCAUUGUUGGACAGUUUGCGAAAUAGUGUCAUAUGGAGGGUCAUGAUAUUAAAGGUGGCAGUUAUGUUCCAUUUUAUCCUCUAUGGCGGCGGCUUUUUUUUUUUUUUUUUACCUUACUGUCUUGUGUGCUUCAUGUUUACAAUAUCUGUUGUGAAAUUGCCUGCGUUUAAGGGGUGGUUCUUCUCGGGACUUCCCUCGAUGGGACUCCCGACAGAUAGCCGGCACCACAAUAUUUGCUCCAUAUUUACAUGCCCUUGCUAGUGAAAUGUGAAAGGAAGUCUUAUUAUAUACAUUAUAUAUAUCUAUAUGAUAAUGAAAUUGUCAUGUGUCUGGGAGCUUGACAUUAGUCAUAUCAGUGAGUCUUUUAAGCAAAUUGUUUUAUUCAUUCCGUGGAAGCUUCUGUACUAGCCGAGAGAGCAAUUUUUGAAGGUGAUGUUGGAUAUUGAAGCCCUCCGGAACAAUGAAAUGUGAGCGCUACUAGUGACAUCAGUCCUUGCUUUUAGUGUGGUCUUUUACUUUAAAUGUACUUGAAAUGACUGCAGCCCCUGUUUUUGGCUUGUGUUCCGAUUUUACUGCGGCAUGAAAUGCCACUUUGCUGCGUAUCAUAAGUGUAUUUGUCCCAUGCGUGUUGUUGCGAGGAUGAUUUUGUUGAAUCAACUUUUGGCAUGUGCUGUUGCGACUUGUGUGGCGAGCCCCAGAGGGCCAGUGCACGUUCACCAUAAUUACUCAGAAAUAGGUCUAACACAAAUAUAGUCGACCCCUGCAUAUUGAACUUUCUAAAAAAUAUAAAAUUCUAAUUGGAAAACAGGUCGACCCAUAUCUUUUAACAAAAACAAACAACUUUGAACAUGUACAGACCUUUAUUUACCGUAAGCUCAGCCGCUAAAUCUCGCUAGUCGAUGCUGCAUCCACAUCGAAACUGCUAGAGAAGUUGUCCCUGUCGGAUGCUUCACAGGUGCCCUCGGUGCCGUCGAGUGCGUUGGAUAUGCAGCCAGUCUGUACAUGUAAUUUCCAGACUGGCUUUACGGCGGGCGCAACGGUGGAACUUUGUUAGCUUGCUAGCUUUGUUCAUGGAUGUAGGUCAAGAUUAUUUGGUCAUGAAAAAAAGGUUGAUGGCUCAUUUUGGGUAACAUUUCUUAAAGAUUCGAAUAAAUAUUGUACUUUGGCUGCAGAUUGGACUACUGGUGCUUGUGCAUGCUUUGUAAAGGACAUUGUGGCCAGGGCGGAGAUAAGAAUGCAUGUUUAGGCCAGCAGCAAAGAAUAACAUGGGCAGGACUCAGUGGUCCCAUCAUCCUCAUUUGUUGUGCUGACCCCAAGGAUAUGUCCCAUUUGCCUCUCCUUGCCCAAUCAUCUACACUGUUUGCCAUGUUGAGCACAAAUCAACAAGGAUGAAUUGGCACUUUUGAGGAGAACACAUUAACAAAUGGCAUAAGGGGAAGUUUUUGCCUAACCAUGCUCAAUGAAGGCUAUUAAUUUCUAAUUGACAUGAGUGAUGUGCACUUAACACCUACCGAUUGAAAACGGCACAUAUGCUGAAAACUAUGAUGGGAGUCUCUUUGUUGGCAGUUGAUUAUGCUACCUUCAGUGACCUUUAAUUCAGAUAUCAGUUUCUUUGAUAUUUUGCACAAGCACCUCUGGUUCCAUCUGUAGCCUAACUUUCAGCCAGCCGAAAUCGCAGCUGCUUAGCUUCACCGCACGGUCAAGAAAUUGAUGCAAGACUCUUGUCUUGACCACUUGCGAUGCGUGUCACAUGCCCAGUGUAAUUACCUGCGUAUACAUUACAUAUGUACAUGACAGUGCCCAUGAAUUAACCUCAGCCAAAGGAGCAGUUGAAAAAUAGAAUGUUACUGCUUUUAGCAACUAUAAUUUUGUUUUAAAUAUUAUACAUAUGUAUAUUUCGAUGGCAUGCGGGCCUAAUGCAGCUAUCAGUGUUGACUGGUCUGUGGUGUGUGUGUUCUAACCCAUGGUGUGUGCUUAGCAACUUGGAGUACCCCCGUAGUGGUGGUCCCUGCGCAAAUUGCCUGUGCGCCAUCCGAGUUGCCGGGUGACUCUGGCUUCUGAGUUUGGGCAAGCCCUUUUAUUGUCACACACUCCCCGCUCUUGGCAGCCACUGUCUGUAAUCGUUGCUCCCUUUUGUCCACCUCGAAAAGAAGAAAGGCACAGAGUUGUUUUAGCUUGGAGUUCUAAUAUAUUCUACGCUGAAUGCAUUUUCUUUUUUCUUCCUCUUUAGUCCUUUGCAGUCAACAGUGUGUGUCACCUUUUCGUUGCACAGCAUUCCCUGAAUCGCAUGUCGUGUCUGUGUGGCGGGAGCCGCAGGCGACGCCCAGUCCCAUGGAGCCGUGCUCGUGCCCUGUCCGCUAGCUAUCAUAAAAAUGUUACUCUCGCUAGCGCUGCAAAUGUGGCAGCAAAGAUUGCUUCGAAAUUAUUGAGCAGGCAUUUUCCUACGCUUGACACGCAUGUGUUCCAGCUUCUGGAUCCACGAGAAGGGCUCCGCAUUGCUGGCUACGUUAGUGUCAGUGACAAACGCGCUUGUGGUUCCGAUGCAGCUUUUUGAAGCUGCUUUACGGGACUUAUUUUGAUGCAAGGAACAUUACUGUGGUGGUAUGCAGAACAGUGUAUAUUGAGGCUGCCAGCGGUGCUCGUUAGCUGCAUGUUAAAAGAACCUCAGGGGGUGAAUGUUUACCUGGAGACCCUCAUUAAGGUGUGCCUCAUAGUCAAACCGUGUUAUAACGAAGUCAUUAUCUGGUGUAAAAAUAGCAUCGUUACAUCUAAUAUUCGUUAUAAACAUAAUUGCACGCUUAUAUCUGACAUCUUUUAUGUUUUCUUCAUUAUAUCGAUAAUUCGUUAUAUCCCUGCUCGUUGUAUUGAAGUUCGAUUAAUCGUAUUGCGGUUGUGGCACAUAGCACCCCGGAAUGCAGUUUAAAUUUUUUGAACAAAUUCGGGUUUAAUAUGGCUGCACGAAAGGUCACCCCAAGCGCCUCUGCUCCCGGCUACAUACAAUUAAGCAAGAAAUCCAGCGAUGGUGUGAAACAGCCCAGCGAGCACGAGCACGGUUCUUCUGGGCGUUCUCAUGCGCGUCCCUUCUGCCUCGCUGUGCCACACAUUGUAGUCAUCCCUCGGGCGCGGCCGGCAUCCGCUCUGAGCGCACAAAAGCGAACAUCUUUCAGGCCUUGUACGCGUUUAUUUAUUGCAUACCGAAUAUGAUUGUGCCUGUUGUAUAGCGCGUUGUGUAUAAAGAGAUAUCCCGAG